AUGUAUGAAUUGACGAAAAAAGAGAUUAAAGGUGAUAAGAAUGAGAGUGAUAACAAGGAUCAUGAGAAGGGUGUAGUGAGUAGCAUGAGAGAUCAAAUGAUUGCAAAGAUGGUAUGUGUUGGAUUAUGUGUAUUAGCAAUGAUAGUUGAGAUGGCUAUGAUAAUAAUAAGUAUAAUGAAUGGGAAUGGGAAUGAUACGAGUACUGAUGAUAUUAACAAGAUGAUUACUACAGCAGUAAGUAUAGCAAUAAUACUGAAUAUGAUGAGAUAUGUGAUGAGUAAGAAUCAAGCAGGUUGGUAUCAUGGAGUGAUGAUAGGAGGAAGUCUGAUUAUAGGAUCUAUGAGAGCUGUAAUGCUUGCAAGUGCAAUGAUAAGAGAGUAUAUGAGUGUGAUGAACAUAGUGAUGAUGUGA